CUCCAAUUCCAAAUACCUAACCUCUCUACACACACUAAAAACUGUAUCUAUAUAUAUAUAUAUAUAUAUAUAUAUAUAUAUAUAUAUAUAUAUAUUUGUUUUCCCCGAAAAAUCAAAAUCAGUUAAUUUUGAAUUUCUAGGGUUUCUGAUUCUCCGAUGUCGCAGAGGAACGAUUCCGAUCGGAUCAAGGGGCCGUGGAGCCCGGAGGAGGACGAGUUGUUGCAGAGGCUGGUGGAGAAGCACGGCCCGAGGAACUGGUCCUUGAUAAGCAAAUCGAUUCCCGGCCGCUCCGGCAAAUCGUGCCGCCUGCGGUGGUGCAACCAGCUCUCGCCGCAGGUGGAGCACCGCGCGUUUUCGCCGGAGGAGGACGAGACGAUUGUCCGCGCGCACGCCAAGUUCGGCAACAAGUGGGCCACCAUCGCCCGGAUGCUCUGCGGCCGGACCGACAACGCCAUCAAAAACCACUGGAACUCCACGCUCAAGCGCAAGUGCGUUUCCAUGUCGGAGGAGUUCAACAACUUCGAUCCGGAGGCGCAGCCGCCGCUGAAGAGAUCGGCCAGCCUCGGUCCGGCCACCUCCGCCUUCUGUUUCAACCCGGGCAGCCCGUCCGGUUCGGAUAUGAGCGACUCGAGCCAUUCCGGCCACCUUAUCUACCGACCGAUUGCCAGAACCGGCGGGAUCUCCCAGUCCCCGCCCGAUCCAACCCGUGAACCGGUUACAUCACUCAGCCUUUCACUACCCGGAUCCGACCCGAAUCUAAAUACUAUUACUGAACCGAUCCAUAACCCCAUACCCGAACCCGACCCGAACCAUGCUGUAAAACCAAUGAUGGUUCCACCCAAGCACCCAAAUCAAAUGAUCUCAUCUCUUCCGCCGCCGCCUCUUCAGACGUACCAGUUUUCUCCGGCGGCUCAGCCAGCAGGAGUGGUGGGCGAGAAGCAGUUUUUCAGCGCGGAGUUCUUGGCGGUGAUGCAGGAUAUGGUGAGAAAGGAGGUGAGGAAUUACAUGGCGGGGGUUGAGCCUGAGCCAAAUGGGUUCUGCAUGCAGACAGAAGCCAUUAGGAAUGCUGUGGUGAAGAGAAUGGGUAUUAGCAAGAUUGACUGAUCGUUGAUAAUUAAAAAUGAGAGAAAAAAAAAUCGGUGCAGAGAGAGGUAAAAGAGAGAUCUUUAUCUCUUGUUUGGUUAGAGAGAGAAAUAAUUUUGGGAUGAUGGUGUACAGAUGCUGAAGGUAGAGCUCGCUAAAAAAAAAAAGAAAAAAAAAAAUUAGAAAAUGGGAGAGAGAGAGAGAGAUGCAGUUGAGAGAGGUUGUUGAUUAUUGAAUUAUGUUUUAUGAACUGCAGAGGACUUAAUGUGAAUUAAGUAAUUAAUUAUGUUUUGCAUUAUUUAAUUGGAACUAAUUAAUAAAUGGUAGCAAAAAUCCUUUCUUUGGCU